AUGCAGAAGUCCUUGCGACAAGAAAGGAACAGUGGGCUCCUAAAGAUGAAGGCGGUGAGCUACGACUCGGAGCAGUCCAUCGAAGAUCCGUAUGACGAAUUCGCCACCGUGGACUUCACUUGGGUAGAGAGCCAAAGUGGAAAAGUUCCCUUUGACUGUAAAUACACAACAUGUGGGAAGUGUGGUGCAGUUUAUGUCAUCAAUCCGGCGGACCUCGGGUCGGAUGGGCAGAAGGUGCAAUGCAGUGUAUGCAACAACAAGUGGUUUCAAUCAGCAGCGCGCCUUGCGGAGGCGCCGGCGGGGUCAACCUUCAGAGCGUUCCCCGUGUCCAACUGGCAGAAGCAAGAUCAGGCCAACUCUCAAGGAGGUGAGAAGAAGUUCAGGCACGAUCGCAAGGGAGCUUUCACGCUUUUCGUCGGAAACUUGCCUUUCAGGAUUUCCGAGGCCGAGCUCCAAGCGCUCUUUGAGAAGCAUGGCGAGGUUGUCUCAGUGUCGUUAAUUCACGAUCAGGAGUCAGGGAGGCCGAGGGGCUUCGGGUUCGUUGACUACGACAAUGAACAGAGCGCCAAGGAUGCAGUGAGCAACUUGAACGGUAUGCCUCUGGACGGCAGAGAGAUUUCCGUCAGCAUCAGCGAAGAUAAGUUCGCAGCGAACAGGUGA